CACUGUCCUGGACAGUCCAGACAGCUGAGGUAUGUGCCCAGAACAACGUGCUUGAACCUUAAUUGGAUAUAAGCACGAAAAUAAGUUGAAAUGAAAUGUAGACCUCGUGCUGUAAUUCCUGUACACACAGGACGUGGCUACACAAAAAGACCUUCAUUUGCUAUGUGUGAUGGAAGCAUUGUAAUGAGUGUUUCAUCUUAAAACAGCAUAUGGCGAACAUCAUUGGGCGGAAGCCUUUUAAAUGUGGAAUGUGUUCUGAAUACUUUAUGAACAGUAGCAUCAUAAAACAGCAUAUGUUGAUUCAUACCUGUGAAACACGCUUUAAAUGUGGAAUGUGUUCAGAAUACUUUACGACCAGUCGCAUCUUAAAACAGCAUAUGCUAAUUCAUACUGGCGGAAGAAACUUCUUAUGUGAAGUCUGCAUGACAUCAUUUAGGCAUUGUUCUAGUUUAAAACGACAUGUUUUGAUUCAUUCUGGUGAAAAACCCUACAGAUGCGAACAGUGCACCAAAUGUUUUACAAGCAGCACCAACCUGAAACAGCACAUGUUCAUCCAUAGUGAGCAGAAGCCUUUCAAAUGUGAAAUAUGCUUAACAUCUUUUAAAAAGAGUAAAUAUUUAAAACAACAUUUAGUGGUUCAUACCGGUGAGAAGCGUUUCAGAUGUGAAGUGUGCACAAAAUGUUUUGCACGCAGUGACUGUUUAAAAGAACAUGUGCAGGUUCAUUCGGAGCUGAAGCCUUUUAAAUGUGAAAUGUGCUCAAACCGUUUCACACACAGUUGCAGCUUGAAACGACAUAUGUUAAUUCACAGUGGUGAAAAACGCUUGGCGUGUGAAGUAUGCACCAAAUCGUUUCGAAACAGCAACUCUUUGAAACAACAUAUGUUGAUUCAUAGCGGUGAAAAGCUCUUCGUAUGUGAAGUAUGCACAAAAUCAUAUCGACACCAGAACACUUUGACACGUCACCUGUUGGUUCACGCUGCCGAUACUCCGUUCAAAUGUGAAAAGUGCACUAAAACGUUUACCUGCAGUACCAGUUUAAAACGGCAUUCCUUGAUUCAUACUGGGGAGAAAUCUUUUAAAUGCGAGGUGUGCUCGGAGCGUUUCAGAUACAGUUAUAACCUGAAGCGACAUUUGCUGAUUCACACUGUAGAAAAACCGUUCAAAUGUGGGAUGUGUGAAGCAUAUUUCAUAACUAUCAAUACCAUAAAAGUCCACAUGUUGAUCCAUAAAUGUACAAGAAACAUUCACGUCUGAGAUAUGGAGCAAAUCGUUAAAGGUCCAGAAGCUGAGGACGAAAACACCAGCAUGGAUGUACCUGCAUGAAGUAAAGAAUAUUUCAUAACUAUCAAUACCAGAAAAGUCCACAUGUUGAUCCAUAAAUGUACAAGAAACAUUCACGUCUGAGAUAUGGAGCAAAUCGUUAAAGGUCCAGAAGCUGAGGACGAAAACACCAGCAUGGAUGUACCUGCAUGAAGUAAAGAAUAUUUCAUAACUAUCAAUACCAGAAAAGUCCACAUGUUGAUCCAUAAAUGUACAAGAAACAUUCACGUCUGAGAUAUGGAGCAAAUCGUUAAAGAUCCAGAAGCUGAGGACGAAAACACCAGCAUGGAUGUACCUGCAUGAAGUAAAGAAUAUUUCAUAACUAUCAAUACCAGAAAAGUCCACAUGUUGAUCCAUAAAUGUACAAGAAACAUUCACGUCUGAGAUAUGGAGCAAAUCGUUAAAGGUCCAGAAGCUGAGGACGAAAACACCAGCAUGGAUGUACCUGCAUGAAGUAAAGAAUAUUUCAUAACUAUCAAUACCAGAAAAGUACAUAUUAUGUUGAUCCAUAAUUGUCCAAGAAACAUUCAUGUGUGAGAUAUGCAGAAAAUCGUUAAAGGUCCAGAAGCUGAGGACGAAAACACCAGCAUGGAUGUACCUGCAUGAAGUAAAGCAUAUUUCAUAACUAUCAAUACCAGAAAAGUCCAUAUUAUGUUGAUCCAUAAUUGUCCAAGAAACAUUCACGUCUGAGAUAUGCAGAAAAUCGUUGUGAUGUCCCAUGAUCGAUUAUAAUCGAACAUUAAUUGGUUUCGCUCUACCGAUGAGAUGAUGGAUUAUAAAAAUCCAUAAUCGAUAAUUAAUGGGGUGUUUUUUUUUUUAUAUUUAAUGUUUUGUCUGUGUUUUUGUUCAUGAGUACAGAAAGAAAACUAUUAUUAAAUUGUUAUUAAAGGUAAAAUUAGCGAUCUGUAGGGUCUGUCCCGUAUCAAUUUUAAAAUGUAUCCAGCGGUUGCAAAACGAAGUACUAGUAGGCGUUGGA